GGCUGGUGACGUCGCGUGUAUAACACCUACGCAGCGCGAAAAUACCCACCGCGCAAAAACUAACAAAAAAACCACUGGACUAUAAAUAAAAUAAUAAAAAAACUAAAACAAAACAUUCAAACGGCCUAAAAUUCAAAAAUUCUCGAAAUAAAAAACCAAAAUUUGGUGACAAAAUUCGAAAUUUUGCGCGCAUGCGUCUUACGCACCGCUGCCGCCCGCCGACACAUUCAGAAAUAGUUUUAUGCAAUAGACGCUAUUAAUUUUUCUCCACAACACACCAUAAUCAUAAAUAGUAUUUAAGUGAAUUUGUAAUCAUAGUAUUCAGCAACACUUGAACUCUACAGACUUUCAAACGACCGGUUUAAUUUUACUGUAAAACUAGUGUAAGGCAACUGAAGGCAGUUUAACCCGGAUUUGUCGAAACAGGGCUACUUAACAUCAACGACCAUCCGGGAGAAGCAGCAUUCGAAAAUAAAGAAGAAGAAGAAGAAAAGACCACAUGAAAAGUCCGCACAGAACAACAUGUCACUAUAGAAGCGGACUAACAUAAGUUAAAUGCGCAAGAAAUUGAAAAAAGCCAAGAUUUCAUAGCAAAGGGGAAUCUAGGAAAAGAAAUUAAAACCAGCGCCAUUUGACAAUAAAGAAACACGUUUUUUCGCAAUAGAACAAGUUUUAUGUUUAUAUCAACCGUUAUUACAAGGAAUCAAUAGAAAAGAGAAUUUAAAUCUUACGUUUUUUAAGUACAUUUAAACAACACUGGUUAAUUUUGGAACUUUUAAUAUUAAUUUAAAUUGAUUUUUAUAUGCAAACUCUCUAUAUAUAUUAGUGAAAAGUAAUUUAGUGAAAGACUCUGGACUACUCGUUAAGGCUAAGUGAUAUUCGAAGAUUUUGGCAAAUAAGUUUUCGGAAAAGCUUUCGACCAAUUUCAUCAACCGAUCCAGAUUGAAGGUGGAUGAAACAAAAUAAGCAGAAAUAAACAGACAAAUUAUUGUGCCUUAAAUUGGCCUUAAAUUAUAAGUAAAAAAGGUAAGAUAAAAUUACUGAAAAAAAGUUACAAAAAAAAACUACUAAAUUUAUCCGAGUUUAUCUACCUGUUGAAGCGACUUCUAGAUUUGUUUAAUUAAUAGUACAAAAUUAAAAUAAAAUUAACGUUAAGACUUAGUUAAAUAUUUGCGUUAUUUCUAUACCUAUAACGUUUUAUAUGAGUAUGUAUAAUUAAUGGGCUUACAAGGGCUAGACAUACAAUAAACUGACAAUACAGAAGACAUAGAAGAAGACAGAGAAGAAGAGAGAAGAACAGAAGAAAUUAUACAAGACUUCGUAGCAGAAACACAGGACUUUACACCUGAGGCACGAAACAGAAGAAUUCGUCGCCCAGAAGGACAUAAAACAGAUCCGAAGACAUCGUCGGAGUACGAAAAGAGUGUAAAUAAAAGAACCGCGAGCGAUCGCAUGUCCUCGUUGUGACGAUACGUCCGAAACUGGAAUUAAUGUUGAAAUACUUCAAUGAAAACAUAUCCCUAGCGCUGCAGGAGAGGUACAGGGACCUCCAUGAGUAUCGGAAGACGGAAGCGGUAGAGGAGGGCUCACCGAGGGAGGCUAAAGUACCAAAAAUAGCUGAGGAAGGCGAGCAGGUCGGCGGCGAGGGCGCGUUUGAGCCGAGCGCCGCGCCGCCGUUCCCUAGACUGCUGGAUCCUCCCAAGGAGGAGGACAACUUCGUAGCGAGCUGGCUUCAGAACUCCUUCAAGAUGACAGCCGCCGAAGGGAACAACGAGGCUUCCGCUGGAGGCAGCGCGCUGGACCUCCGCGCUGCCCCUCUAUCUCUCCACAUACCAACGCUGCAGCAGGCGGCUGAGGCACAGAGGCAGUUCAAGAUGCAGGACUUCUGGAACAGAAGCCGGCCAGGCUCUCCCAGCCAGGACCAGCUGGGGGAGGGCCACAGCCAGCCAGGGCCGGCUCCUCCGACUCCUCAGCCGCCAGCAACACCUGAUCACAAGAUUAUGACGGAGAAGCUGGUGAAUGAAAUCCAGCAGCAACAACAGUCACCUUCAGCCGACUCCACGAUGAGCGAGCGGUCACUCGUACCAUUUGCGCUGGUAAAUUUACUAUCAACCCUCAAUAAUAUCGAUCCACAACAGCAAUCACCAACAGGAGAAACACCGCUCGGGGAUCGCAACGCCAUGUUACCCUUCGCUCUGGUAAAUGUCCUGAAUAGCCUGAAUAUCGAUCAACAAGCGCGGUCAGGGCAGACUAUCAGUGAGAGAACUCUCGAGGAGUGCUGGUCGACACUUCAGCGAGUGAGUUGGCAUCUGUUUCAAUGUAUAUUCAUGCACAAAAACGCAAUGCAGAUGCAUGCACGAGAACUGCAACGAGGACUCGGAGGCGAAGUGAAACCUCAUCAAUGUCAGCAGUGCCUGAAGUCAUUUAGUUCCAAUCAUCAGCUGGUACAGCAUAUCAGGGUUCAUACGGGAGAGAAACCUUAUAAAUGCUCCUAUUGUGACCGGAGAUUCAAACAACUGAGCCAUGUGCAACAACACACACGAUUACAUACAGGGGAACGCCCAUACAAGUGUCAUCUCCCUGACUGUGGCCGAGCCUUUAUCCAACUUUCGAACCUUCAACAGCAUCUACGGAAUCAUGACGCUCAAGUGGAAAGGGCCAAAAAUAGACCGUUUCAUUGCAAUAUUUGCGGGAAAGGUUUUGCCACUGAAAGCAGUUUGAGAACCCAUACGGCAAAGGAGCUUCAGCUGCACCUUGGUGUUUUGCAGCAACACGCGGCACUCAUGAUAGGUGGCGCUACAGCCACUCCGUGCCCAAUAUGCCACAAAGUAGUGUUCGGUGGCGAAGCUCUCGUAGAACACAUGAAGAAUACUCACAAGGACCCGAAUGCAUCCGGCGUUGCGAGCCCACCGGCUACGUCACCGUACCCAGCGCAAGCUAAACCUGUUGAUCCUUACAUAGCGAAGCGACGGACGGCGAACCACCCCUGCCCGGUGUGCGGCAAGCACUACGUGAACGAGGGUUCCCUGCGGAAGCACCUGGCUUGCCACCCAGAAACCCAACUGACCAGUGGACUCAGGAUGUGGCCUUGCUCUGUUUGCCAGGCUGUGUUUACGCAUGAAAGUGGCCUCCUCUCCCACAUGGAACACAUGAGAAUGGAACCGAAACAUCAGUUCGCUGCCCAAUACGUUCUAUCCAGGGCAGCAGCCGAGAGACGAGAGAGGGACAUCAUCGCCGCCGUCUCGGCCUCAGCUGGAGGGUCAGGUCUCUUGAACCUCGCACCUCCCUCUCCAGCUCACUCAGACUCAUCCUCGAAUGGACGACUGUCAUCCUCAGCUGGUUCAGAAGCAGGGGCGGCAGUCAACAAACUCACGGACCUUCUAAGAUCAGCCAAUAAUGGACACCAAGCGUACGGAGACGAAAGAGUCGCAGCCAUAGCCGCGGCCGCCGCCAACAUGAUGGCUCAGCCUGGCGAGGGUGCUAGUGCCGUGCAGGUAGCUGCUGCCAACCUGGUAUCCGCGAUGAGGCAGCAACUGGCCAGAGAACCACCACCAGCUCAACCUCCGGCAGAAACACCACCAGCACCUUCAGAAGCCGCAUUGAGAAUUCAGCAAGCAGAGGCCUUACUUCGAAGCCAGGCUGAAGCACUUCGACUUGCCGUCUCCCAAGCAGCUGCAGCACACGGUAACGAUGCUGCAAGUCCUUUAAGACACAACGGAGGCUUUCCUCCGCAACCACCGAAUGAUGCUAGUGGACAAAUUUCACCAGAAUUAGUAGAAGCGUUUAGAAUUGCACAAGAGCAGCGGUUAGAGCAGGCGCUGAGAUUGCACGAUCCGAGAAUGCUAGGGUUUAACUUGCCGUCACCAGUGCAGCAGGCAGCGCAACAAGCGGCGCAGCAAGCAGCUCAGCAGGCAGUGGCCGCACAGCAGGCCGCCGCCCAGCAAGCUGCCCAACAGGCUGCACAGCAAGUGGCCCAGCAGGCUGCACAGGCCGCACAGCAGGCCGCGCAGCAAGCCGCGCAGCAGGCCGCACAACAGGCCGUCCAGCAACAGCACAUGCAGGCCGCGCAAGCAGCUCAGGCUGCUCAGGCUGCCCAACAAGCCGCUCAGCAAGCUGUCCACUUACAGCAAAAUCCUCAGCCAUGAAAAUUCAGCUAUUACUAAUCCGAUGCGAUUUCGCCGCAAUAGAUGUAAUUUAGCUCGUAAAUCUUAGGGAAAUUAUAUAAAAGGGUGACUUUUGUAUUUUUUGGAUGAUAACAGUUUUUGGGCCGGAAUUUGAACGAAAUCGCCUCUGAUUGGUAAUGCUUGACGAUUGUUAUUUUACCGAGUUAGUUUUGGACUCUAAAGUGUUUUUACGUUUUAAUUUUAGCCGGCAAAAGUAUACAAUUAUGAAAAAAGUAUAUAAUUAUAAAGUAAUAACAUUAAUUUAGAUAGAACUAACUGUUGUAAAUAGGGAAACUUUUAGCGGAAACAAAUUUUACUGUAUAUAAAAUAAUUAAAAAGUACCUAAAAUAGUUGAAUGAAUGAACAAAAAAUGGAACAAAAACUCGCCCGAACAAGUAAUUAGAUGUAGUGUUACGACAAAUAAUAUUACAGUGCAAUCUUCUAUUAUUUGUUUCGUUAUUAUUGAGUGUUAUAUUAUAUUAUAUUAUAUUUAUUUUUAUUAGCUUUACCACCAGAGCAGUGAAUUUCUUAGCUUAGUACAAACUUUUGGAUGUGCCAAACAGGUUUAAGCACGUUUUGUCGCAUUUAGCGAUGGUUUAUUGCAAUAUAAUUAGUUGCAUUAUGUUUCCAUAGGAUAUUUUAUUAAUAUUAUUAUUCAAUUUUUAAUAAUUAUUUAUAUUAAUAAUUCUUUUCACGCAAUAACACGUCUUAUGCUAGUCACGUUUUGAACGCACAAAAUAAUUCUAUUUAACAAAAAUAAAUUUUAUUUAACUUUUUAUUUUCAUUUCAAAAUUUUCUUAUUUCUUGGCGUAUUUUAUUUUUAAAUGCCAUAUUAGAUUAUAAUUGUGUAAAUACCGUAGCACUUUACGUAAAUGUUGAAGCUUUUGUUUUAUAACAUAAAAAAAUUACAGUUUAUUUUAACAUUAAUAUUGAUUAUUUUAACUGGAAAAAUAAUUAUUUACAAAAUGAUUUGUAUAGUUGUAUAUAUAAAAAAUAUUCAUUAUUUUUUCAGAAGACUGCCGUUACUUACUUUUGUAUGUAAAUAAAACAAAAUGGAAUUGUAAUUGAUAAAAAAAAAUAGCGAUUUUUCACUGAACUUACAAUUUAACAGGACAAUUAUUCAUAAUUGGACUAAACGUCGAAGUAAAAUACAGAACAAGAUCCAAUAAUAGCUUACGACGACAAUUACUUUGAGUAGACGAAACAAAACACAAGACAUUCUUUUCAUCACGGAUGUUCACACAGCCCACAUAAUUACAUUUUUAUUUUUAUUUUCAAACAAGCAUAAUUAAACAGCAAUAGCCCAGAAAUCAUUUCAAAUGAUUAAUAAUUGCUCUCAGCAAUUAUAAAAUCAUUAAACAAUAAACAUAAAUAAAUAAAUAAUGCAUACAGUUGCCGUAAUAGAUUUAUAGUUCAUGGUUACAAAAUAUCUCCCAUUUUUUACCCAUAAAUUGUGGGGGAUUUCUUGUAACGUCAAAUUUAAGAGAAUGUCAAGUGUUGCCGAAUAUUCUUUUUAAUAUUAUCAACAUGUAUAAUAAUAAGACACAGUUUAUAUGAACUGUAUAAAUAAUUAUACUUUGUAUUGUUCAUAUAAAUUGUAUUAUACGUAUAAUCGUAACAUAGGUAAGGUAAAAAUAAGCUGAUUUUAAUGUACGUAAUUAUUUGAUUCUUGAAUUAAUAUUGGUAUAUGCGUACGGUGAUGUGCGCUCCAUCAAAAGUGAUGUCACUGCUACGUUAUAUCAAUGUAAAUAGGAAAAAAAUCAAUGCAAUAGCCCAAAAAAUCAUUUUUUAUUUCAUUAUCGUGUUUUUAAUUUUAUGAAUGAAAGAUGGUUUAAUUUCAAAUGUUUAUUUCCUUAUUCUUAAUUUCAUUUAUGACAUGCAAAACUUUUCGGCGAAGAUUUAUUUAUUAUUUUGGUACGGACAGGCAAGUUACACCGAGACGCGAAUGGUUACCCGGUACCGAAUAGACAUAUGUUUUCUAGGAAACGUGAGUAAAAAUUCAACCUAUAUUGGACGUGAAAACAAUUUUGACUGAUAAUAAACCAAAAAAUAUGAAAAAUCGCAUAAAAUUCCAAGUGAACGGAUCGCUAUUUAUGUAAAAAAUGUCCUCAUAAAUUAAUAUAUAAAUAAAUUAAUAUAACAACAAAAGAAGUUCCUAUGAAUAUUGUAUAAAAGGUAUUGUUUUAAAUUUAGGUCUUAGUAGAAGGAAAAAUUUAUGAACGUUUGGUAUUUUUAAAGUUAUAAUUAAUGUACCAUCAUGUUAGGGAACUUAACUCAGAGGAGACGAGUUGUACAAAAAUAAGAAAAAGCACGGAUCGUGAAUCCUAACAUUAGAUUUUUAGAUCAAAAGUUACGUUUCCAAGAAAGUGUUCAUGACGCAACGUGGUCCACGUUUUUGCGCGCCGUAUUUGUAAAUUUAUUGUAAAAAAAUAUAUUCAAGUCGUAUUUUCGAGACCGUAAAAUUUAAUGAUAAGAAUUUUUGAUUAAGGGUACGAAAAUAAAAUGAGAAAAUUUAGUGUUUAGGUCGACGCCGCGCAAAAAUGUGGACGCAUACGUUUUUUCUGUGAUCAUCGAAAAGGAAUAGUUAUAACAGAUCGUGUCUGCGAAUUGUCAGAGGUUACUUUUAAGUUUUCGACGGUGAAUUUUUUUAAUGUUGAAUGGAAAAAAAAUAUGGAAAAAUGUUUUUCUACAUUUUAUUUUAUGACAAAAAUUCCGUAGUUAAGCAGUGUACAUUAAAUAUAAAGCCUAAUUAACAGUGGAGGCGAUGUACUGGAUCGCCGAUACAAAGUCAAAUAAUAUUACACUUGGUAACAUUUGGUAGCAUUUGGUAACAUUUGUAAUAUUUUUUGACAGUUUUUUAGUAUCAAUAGUACUGGAUUCAGUUAAUGUCUUCUCCCAUGUGGAAAUUAGUCUGCAUGAAUCUCAAUUUUUAUAUGCGCUGUCAGUUUUAAGAUGGAUACGACGUUCCGUAAUGUUGUAGUUUAAUUGGCUAUUAUUAAUAAUUAAAGUUUUUUGUUAUUUAAUUGUUUUGUUAAUAGAAAAAUUCGUUGAAAAACGUUUUGAAUUAUCACUUGAGCUCGAUGAAGUUUAACAUCGUUUUGGUCAGUUUUCGAGCAAGAAAAAGUGAUUGAAUUUACCAAUUUUACAGUUGUUUUGCAACUGAACAUCGAAUCGCAAACUUGAACCAGCGAUUACAUUACAUUUUUUAUUUUAAAGUUAAUUGUAAAAUGUUAUUCGUUGCUUUACUUGGGAGUUGUAUACUAUUUCGAAAUGUAUUUGGUAAACUCUUUUAAAAUCAAAAAUGUGUGUAACAUAAAUAAAAUACUGUUAUAGUUUGGGGUAAUUCAAUAGUAAUAAAAUUUUUGGGGUACAAAAAAUGUAAUUCAAAACUAAUAUGUAAAAAAGUGAUUUUCAAAUUUUAAAAUCCAGGUAAUUCCAGGUAAAGCAAUUGACAAUAUUUUACAAAAUUGUUAAGUUUUUAAAACAAUGAAUUGCUGUUGAUUUGAAUUACACAUCCUUAUUGACUGUUAAUACUAUUUUAAUUUUUCGCUUGUUCGUUUAUGUAAUUCGUAACUUUUUUAUUGUUUUAUGACAUAUUUAGCUAAAUAUACAUCAUUAAUCAUAAUUAAGUGUAGUCAGGAUAGCCAAGUUUUCAAUUUAACUCACAUAGUAGACUUAUAAUCUUAAUGUAUCGUAAGUUAGUAAUUAAUGUAAUGUAAUGCCUAUAAGCGAUUCAUAAAUAAAUGUUCUUGAAUAUUUAUUUAUGAAUAGUUAUUCAUAUAAUAUAACAUGAGCACUAAACUGCGUAUUUUAUAUUAUACAGUACAGUAGUAAACAACGAAUAAAAAAAAACAAAUAAAUACAAAAAAAAAGUAUAUAUCAGUGUACUUAAAUAUGAUAGUUAAUGGAAUUAAUUAUUGGUGUUUUUUAAACGGGAUUUUAUUCCAUCCCGUUCUCACGUCGUAUCCAUAUAUAUUCAUAAUUUUAAGGGAAAAAUGUGCAAUCAUCAAUUUAUUAUAAACUUUAACUACAAAAACUAAAAAUUCAAUAAUUUUAACAUGGAAAUAAAUUUUACUAAAAUAUUUGAAGAAAAAUUCAAAACUAAAACUAAAAAAAGGAAUAUGUUUUUACUUUUUUGGAAUGUUUUUGGUGAAUUUAAAAUACUCUGACAGCGCAUUAUUUUUUGUCUAUUUUAUUGUAAUGCCUAGCCUCUGUAAUGUCACAUAGGGCAUUUACGUUGUUACAACGUUUUGUUAAAUCGUUUACAUUUCUCUGUUUUUGUAAAAUCCAAAACAAAAAUUCAAUUGGUGUAUUUCUAGUCUUUAUCUUUUAAAAAUGUCGUGAUUGGUCAAAAAUAAUUGUUGUACAACAUUUUUGGAAACAGUAUCUAUCUAAUAAAAAUUGUAAAAAAAUAAUAUUUGAACACGGAAACUUGUAAAAAAUUUAAAUAUUAAAAAAAUUAAUGAUAAUAUUGUAACUACCUACAAUAUAAUUUCGGCGUAAAAAUUGUAAAAAAUUCAAAAUGUUUAGGCGUUAGAUUUAAAAAAUUUACGGGUUAGGUAGAAGUCAAAAUUCUUGUUUGGCAUGCUGUAUUUAAACUUAAAAAAAAGUAAAAAUUAAAACAAAAUUGUAAAUAAAUUUUAGAAAUGUGAUGUGACGAUAUUACUGUACCUAAUCGAUGUUUAGGCGAAUAAACAUACAUACAUACAUACAUGUUGGAUAUUCUUAAAUCUCUUUAGUAACGAGUGUUCACGACAGAUAAUUUUUUGUUUAAUUAUUUUGUAAUUUUUAUCUUAAAAUUAUUUUUUCGUGUAUAGAGUUGUACCCUAUAAUUUUAAGUUUAAUAAUUAUUAAAAAAAUAUUAAUAUAAAACGAUGCCAUGUUUUUAAGUAAUUAUUUUAGAUUUACUCGAUGUGUUUAUUAAAUAUUAUUAUAUUUUUUAUAAAAGUUAUUAUUUUUUUUGUACUCAAUAUUUAGUCAAAAUAAGAACUGCUAUGUAAUUUAUAGUUAGAUUCAGUGUUGUUACGUUAAGCAAUAUUUUUUUAGUUAUUACAUUUUAUUGAACAAAUUUAAUUAACCCAUUAAUUUUAUUGUGAAAAAUUGUUUAAUUUUAACAACGGAAAAUGCUUAUUGUGUCAUUAAAUUGAGUAUAGUGACUAUUAUUGCCGAAACGGUUAGCUAUAAUUAUUUUAAAAAAAUAAAAAGGAUGAUUCAUA